CUCGUUUUUGCGGCGGCUAUUUUUAACCCCCCGCACGCUGCGGAGAGCCACUGCCCAGCCUCAACUGCACACGCUGAAGCAUACGUCAGCAGCCUCUCUCCGUCUCCGCCUCAAGUCUAGAUCAUUUUGUUAUUAUUUCUCCGUAUAUAAAAGAUAAUGUAUGUUAGUCUGCUUGUUCUGCCUGCUUUCCCAGUCCAACUGAUUCAAUAGGGCGCAGCUGGUAUGACGUUUUUCUUUUUUUUUGGCUUUGCUGGUCCCUGGUCCCUCUUUCCUCGACCCGGCAGAAGUGACUUUGGCUGACUUGUAUGUCAUCGAGAAACAGGAUUCCUCGCUGUCUACUCCAUCUAUCCGCCAUCUAUUCUCCCAUCCUAUUCCGGCCCACCGUCACCUGUCAUAUUUGAGAUGCAGCAGACUAGCAUUGCCAGCCCCUCCUCGCCCAGCGGUCCUCAGGGCAUCCCCCCUCCCGCACCUAACCAUCGUCCGCCGCCGCCUCCGUCAGCGAUCCUGACGGGGAAGCAGGAACAUUGUGAGCACCUGGACCUCCCCCAACUCAUCUCUCCUUGAUGACCGGUGAGUGCCUAGGCGGUAUGCCCGCGUUCGUGCUAACCGUGUCAUCCCGGCGCCUGUAGACCUUAAACGCGAGCUUAUCAGCCGUCAAGUCCGCAAUGAAAUCUCUGAACUCAACUCUCCAACUGCCCUUCAACGCUUCGGGGCUCCAUUCAGGUCCGAUCUCGGUGAAAUUGCACCCAUUGAUUCUGAGCUGCCUAUUCUGCGGUACAUCUUUGUCCACCACGUGCGGAACUUCCCCUUCCUAGACCAGGCGCGGGAGAAGGAGUUUUGGCAAGAUAAGCUGCAAGUGUUUCUCGAAAGCUUUGCGAAUAAGCAUGUAUCGUCUUCAGAGGACCGACUGGAGGAGACAAAACGAAGGAAGCUCGCUAAGAAAUGUGAGAAACUUGUAGAACUGAUGAUGGUGUCCGGUAUCCCGACCGCAUCGGGGUACGAAGAACGGGUGCAAUUCUCCGAGAUUGAAGUAGUCGAACGCGGGGCAAAUGAUCAAGGGUUGCUCGUCAAUAUUCCCUCAGGACAUUCCAUCAAUGGAUGGGAUAUCAAUGUAGCUGGUGUCCGCAAGGUGAAUAUUAAGCGGACUGUGCGCUAUCAUCAACAUGCAGAGUUUAUCAUUCGUGUGGGACAGGAGGGCAAACCAGAUAUCUACGUCGGCAGAAGAUAUGGAGACUUUGUGAAGCUUCACAAGAGACUACGGACCGAGUUCCCGGGCAAGAUUCUGCCUUCUCUACCGCGAAAGAACAAAAGCUCCACGAUGUCGACCCUGCCCGCAUUUCUAGACGACGAUAAUGAAUCCUUCUCGUCUGUAUCAACCCAGGAUACGAACCAUGCGGAUGAUAGACAGCCCUCAAGGAAUCUAGCCCCGGGUGACCAUCAUCAUCGCCAUAGCCACCGAAGGUCUCAUUCCAGGUCUUCUAUUGCUUCCAUAGCAUCCUCUAUAGGAAGAUCGCCCAGGAACUCUGGCGAAUUCGGCAGAGAGACCGUUCUCUACCGAGAGGAACAGAGGGUUUCCCUGCGCGCUUUUCUCCGUACGCUGUUGCAGAACAAACGAUUAGCAGACUCUAAGUCUGUCGCUGAGUUUCUGACUUCGGACCCAAUGACUCCCAACAGUGAUGAGCUCCAUGAUAUUAAAACAAGGAAGGAAAUGGAUGCUGUAAGAAUCGAGGAGCAAAAGCGGUUUUACGAGAUUGCAAGACAACGCGCUGCAGAGUUAGAUGUUUAUAUGGAGAGGUUCCGCAGAUCCAUCGUCGAAGAAAAUGGCUUGACGAAGUUGUUUUCUGAAAUACGGGAGAAGAGUUCCAUCCAAGAACUUAGCCCACAGUUUCAGAAGUUCGCGGAAUGGCUGCGCAUUGAAGUUGCUGCAACUAUCUACCACUUGUUUUUAGCGGAAGAUAACUCGCCGGAGCUUUUUGCCCAAGCAAAACGUAUACAUUCCCUGAUCCCCUAUACCCUGUUGAAGAACGUAAUCCGGAUUGCCAACCCGGCCGCUGUGAUGUCCGGAGUCCUGGAUCUUUUCCUUGCGCAACCUUUCGGCUCACGGUCUCUUUUGCAACGCAUCUUCUCCAUGACGUUGAAUGACGGAGUCAAGACUUUCCAGAAGUCCAUUGACGCGCUGGCUGGGAAGAUAGGUGAUCCUGUUCUGUCUGAUAAACUGAAGGCUUUCACAUACGCCGAUGAAACAGUCAAAGCGGAGAUCCGCAGAGAUGCAGAACUUGAUGAUGUAGAUCUUAUUGUUGCCAUUCUCCAGACAGAUCGUCUCUCACCGGAGCUCACUUCGGAACAGACUGAAAAGGUAUUCAACAGCUAUGUAGCUUGGAACAAUGCGGUGGAAAAUGUCGACCUCGAAUUUCAGACAGGCGCCCAAUGGUUCGCAAAUUUGAAACAGCUUCUCAAGCUUUACACUCGGCAGCGUGACAAGGCCAUGAUGCUCAGUAUCGUUGAGGAACCUGUUACGUUGCAACUAUUCCGUGACCUCUUCACUAUUUUCUACGAACCCCUGGUCCGCGUCUACAAGUCGGCCAACGUAUACAGCAGCAUUACCGAUUUCGCCUCGUUCGCAGACGAUGCCAUUGCGGUGAUAGAGAGUGCUCAGCGACAAGACGUCUCUGCCGACCCCAACCAGACCGUCCAGGCCUUUAUUGAUCUGUGCGCCCGCCAUGAAGACAACUUUUACAAGUUCAUUCAUGAAGUGCAUCUUCAUGAUAACGGGCUAUUCGGGUCUCUAAUGGCAUGGCUGGAGGGUAUUCUUGACUUCUUGCGCAAGGGACCCCCCCAAGGAGGAAAACUGGACAUGAAUGCUUUGUUUCAGGGCGCCGUUCUAGUGAAUCAGAUUGAUAGAGAGGUCGCUCUGCGCGAGAUUGAUUCCUUGAUCCAAUGGCAGGAGGAUCGGAAACGGUGGCAUCUGGACAAGACACGACAGAAGAUGGCCGCCGAAGGGACGGAGACCGGAUAUGUCCCUGGCAGUACCACCUUUCGGGGAAGUGAUUUUGGGCUGGACGAGGCCGAUCUUGAGGACCUCACGAUUUCAGACGAAGCAUCCGAUGCUUCGGACGUGUCGGAGGAGGAGGAUGACCUCGACCCCAUCGCAGCAGAGCGGAGACGCCGGGUCAAGAAACAGGAGCACCUCCGCCGCACGGCUGGGGAGCCAGUCAAACCUGAGGUUCAGGAAAUAUUAAAGUUGACAGAUUCUUUUGGGGCGAUGCUAAGACUUGCUCUUGCAGAAUAGAUUGGUUGAAUGUCUGGACCUUGGUGAUUUAUAGAUGGCACAUGCUAUUACAGGUUGCGCAUACUUUAAAGCUAUAUACAUACAAUAGAUAUUUAUUGAGUGACC